AUGUUCUCCCGCUCAGUAUUGCGGAGUCUCACCUCCGAUCUGCGCUUGUCAGCGCCCUCGAUCUCCACGGUUUCUCUGCCGCAACGAGCUUGCCUUCACCAAACGGCAUCUCUCCGGAACGCGCAACAACAAUCUCAGACCCAAUCCUCAUCUCUUAAUCCCGAAACACCUUUGUCUGCUACCCCACGCGCGCAAGAUUCCAUCCCCGAGGCCUCCAUCCACAACAUUAUUCCCCAAACACGCGAUGAUAUUCCCCUCGCCAAGCAGCCCGUUGCUCCGACAUUCACCUCGCCCCUCGAGGUGACCAAGUCCCUUAUGGCACAGCUUCCUCACCUUGUUGGCCAGACACCUCACUACGUUACCGCCGAGAUCCACGCCCGGCCCUUCCUCUUAACGGCGGGUGAUCACAUCCGUCUGCCGUUCCUCAUGCCCAAGGUGAAGACCGGUGAUAUCUUGCGGUUCAAUCGGGCCUCUGCGCUUGGAUCUCGCGAUUUCACCUUGAAGGGCUCACCCCACAUCGACGAGCGAUUGUUCGAGUGCCGAGUCCGUGUUAUCGGUGUGGAGUCGGAGCCGUUGCGUAUUAAGGAGAAGACCAAGCGGAGACAGAGACACACAAAGCAGGCUCGGAGCAAGCACCGGUACACUACUAUGCGGGUUAUGGAUGUGCGGGUGAAGAGCCCCGAAGAGCUGUUGAAGGAGGGUGCUGUGGUGAUUGAGGAUGCGGCGGACUCUCCUCAGAUUGAGGCCCGGUCAUGA